UGUUGGAUCAAUGUGGACCGUGCGAUGCAACAACUUUGGUAGGCGCCCUGGUGUUUCAAUCGGCCUGACUUUCGUCCGCAGUUCCUGAUCGCGAUGUUUGCGCCGGAUAGUCCACGUCCCGCAAUACCGAACUGACGUAUCUGUGGACGCUCAUUGCGAAAAGGAUUAUAAAACACUGGACAAGUUCCAUUCUAGAUCAACUUUCAGAUCCAAUCAUCUUAACAUCAUCUCCCAUCAAGGACCAACAACCUCUUUGCUCAUUGAGCUCUGGAUGCCAUUGGGGAGAGACCAGAAAUACAAGUCCGGCCUGAUACUUCAAGUUGGUGACAGCUCUGAAGUCGAAUAUACAACUGCGUUCUUGGGUUAAGCCCGGAUCCUCCUUCAGACCUCCUGUCCCAUAGAUCACCAUGGGUUUACCGUGGCGGGUUAUAUCGGGGACGUCCCUCGUAUGCUCUUAUCUUGCCACCUCCCGCGAAUCGGAUUGGGCGGUGCUGCUGUUCGUUGCGAAGUUCGCCGCAGCAUGGAUUGCCCAAUUCUUCCUCUGGGCAGUCUGGGCAGUCUUGCUGUGGCCGAAGCUCUUCUCGCCUCUGCGCGGUCUUCCCGAACCCAGCAACAACUCUUUUUUGAUGGGCCAGUAUGACAGGAUAGCUUCCGAGCCCACGGGCUCCCCCAUGUUGGACUGGAUCAACACAAUCCCCAAUGAUGGCAUUAUCAGGUACCUAUCGCUGUUGAACCAGGAACGGAUCCUUCUCACCUCGCCCAAGGCCUUGGCCGAGGUCCUGGUGACUAGAAACUAUGAUUUCCCGAAGCCGGAGCAGAUGAGAUACAGCAUCGGCCGGAUACUUGGCGUAGGCGUCCUGCUUGCCGAGGGCGACGAGCACAAGAUGCAGCGCAGACACCUGAUGCCCGCCUUCGCCUUCAGACACGUCAAAGAUCUCUAUCCCGUCUUCUGGGGCAAGUCCCGCGAAUGCGUACAGGCAAUGACCGACAGCGUGUUGCGGGACUCCACGAAGGAGCCCCAGUAUCAGGACGCCGCCGCCGUCGACAACGAAAAGGCGGGCGAGAAGCUGCCUAGCGGCACAGCUGUCCUGGAGGUAGGCAGCUGGGCCUCGAGGGUGACGCUCGACAUCAUCGGCGUCGCAGGGCUGGGCCGUGAUUUCGGUGCCAUCAAGGACCCGGACAACGAGCUGACCCAGACGUACGCGCGCAUCUUCCGGCCUUCCAGGCAGAGCCAGAUCUUGGCCCUGCUCGCGCAGUUUAUCCCGGGCUGGAUCGUCAACCUACUCCCCGUCAAGCGCAACGAGGACAUCGGCCACGCCGUCAAGGUCAUCCGCGCGACCUGCCGGGACCUGAUCCAGCAGAAGCGGGUCAAGCUCGCGAACAAGGAGCCCGCCGACCCCGACAUCCUCUCCGUGGCGAUCGAGUCGGGCGGCUUCAGCGACGAGAACCUCGUCGACCAGCUGAUGACCUUCCUAGCGGCGGGCCACGAGACGACCGCCUCGGCCAUGACCUGGGCCAUCUACCUGCUCUGCACGCACCCGGAGGCCCAGGCCCGCCUCCGCGCCGAGGUGCGCGAGCGCCUCCCCUCCCCAGCCGACGCCGCGGCCUCCGUCUCCAGCGUCGACGUCGACCACAUGCCCUACCUCAACGCCGUCUGCAGCGAGGUCCUCCGCUACUACAGCCCCGUGCCCAUGACCCUCCGCGUGGCCGGCCGCGACACCACCAUCCUCGGCCACAAGGUCCCCAAGGGAACCCGCGUCAUGCUCACCCCCUGGGCCGUCAACAAGUCCCAGGACAUGUGGGGCGCCGACGCCCUCCGCUUCGACCCGGAACGCUGGCUGGGCGGCGGCGGCAGCGGCGGGGCGUCCAGCAACUACGCCUUCCUGACGUUCCUGCACGGGCCGAGGGGCUGCAUCGGGUCCGGGUUCGCAAAGGCCGAGUUCGCCUGCCUGCUGGCGGCGUGGGUGGGGCGGUUCGAGUUCGCGCUCAACGACCCGGAGCAGGCGGACGAGCGGAAGCUGGACAUCCGGUCCGGGGUCACGGCGCACCCGCGGAAGGGGCUGUAUGUCAAGGCGAAGGUUGUCGAGGGCUGGUGAGGGCCGGUAUCCUCCCCCUCCACCUUUCUUUUUCUUCUUAUUUUUGCUUGGGUGUAGAUACGGGUGAGGGCGUCUUCUCUCUUUUGCAUAUACGGGAUCAUGGGUUUCUGUAUACAGUUUCACUGUCGGGCGGCUCUGUGUACAUGUGAUU